AUGCAGUUCUUCUGGCUGCUCUUUGUCUUCUGGAAUUUCAGUGAAGGAAGUGCCAGCAUCCUAAACACUCUCCUGGGAGUGCCAGCAGAGUGCGUGCACCAGAGUGGCGUCUGGCCCUGUAAGCUGAGCUUCUCCUGCUGGUUGCAGGGCGGCAAGCAUGCCCGGGGCUGUGGCAGCAACAAGUGGCUUUUCAGCUGCUGCGUCGCCGAAGCCCAGCCCCCGCACCACAGCUCCUCGCCCCUGGCCAAUCUGGUCGACUACGGGAAGCUGAAGCUGAGCCUCUCCAGUCUUCCCAAGCGAAUAAUGCUGCGGAGACGCGACGAUAACGAGCUUCUCAAUUUCAAGCCCGAGUGCGGACUUCCUCGAACAGCGCAAAACAGCCUCCAGAAGCGAAUCAUUGGCGGACGUCCCGCCCAGUUUGCCGAGUAUCCGUGGCAGGCACACAUCCGUAUAUCGGAGUUCCAGUGCGGCGGCGCCCUCAUUUCGGCCAACAUGGUGGCCACCGCUGCGCACUGCAUCCAACAGGCCCAGUUGGCGGACAUAACGGUCUAUUUGGGGGAGUUGGACACCCAGGACCUGGGUCACAUCCAUGAGCCACUACCCGUGGAGAAGCACAGCGUUCAGCAGAAGAUCAUCCACCCGCGCUUUAACUUCCGGAUGACACAACCGGAUCGCUAUGACCUGGCGCUGCUCAAGUUGGUCCAGCCCACGUCCUUCAGCGAGCAUAUCCUGCCGGUGUGUCUGCCACAGUAUCCCAUUCGGUUGAUUGGACGGAAGGGGCUGAUCGCAGGAUGGGGCAAAACAGAGGCGCACAUGGGCCACACGGGCACCAACAUGCUACAAGUGGCAAGUGUUCCAAUUAUAACCACAUUGGACUGUAUUCGCUGGCACGAAAGCAAGCAAAUAAAUGUGGAAAUCAAAGCGGAAAUGUUCUGUGCUGGCCACCCCGAUGGACAUAUGGAUGCUUGUUUGGGCGAUUCGGGAGGACCUUUGGUUAUAAAAGAGCGAGGACGAUUUGUGCUCGUAGGAAUUACCAGUGCCGGCUUUGGCUGCGGAGUGGACCAUCAGCCAGGCAUUUAUCACAACGUUCAGAAGACUGUGAGGUGGAUACAGGAAGUGCUGGCACGCAACGAAUCAUAAACGCUAUCCCCUCCGAAUGGCAUGCAACCCAUCUCAAUAGUUUACGGCUCGUAGGCUUAGGCAAUGAAAAUGUGCAAUCCGAAACAAAA